AUGAAGUCAAUCAAGCGCACUGUCCAGGAUCUCCUACACUUACAACCGAAACUCGUGCCGCUGAUAUUGCCCGGGACCAAGGCGUACUGCCGAUACCCCGGCUGUGGACGCUAUUUCAAGCCUAUCGACGCGCUCGAGGAGUUCUGCUCCCGUGAGUGCUUGCAAGACUUCAAUUGGCAACCCCCCGCGCCGUGGUACCCUCCGCCGAAGUCUGGUCUUCUCGGACAAGGCUGGUGGAGACGCGGUACUAGCGUCGGCGGGCCUCCUCCGCCUCAGUAUCCUCAACGCGCGGCCACCAUACAGCUCACGCCUAUGUGGAGCCUUCCCCAGCCGAAGCUCGAGCCUCUUGACGCAGGCCUUGCCAAGUCUUCGAAGCGCCGGAAAGACAAGACCGGGCGGGCUGGCCAUCAGCACUCCCACUCCCACCAGGGAACAUUUCGACCCACAGCGGUUCCUCCCCCCGUUACAUCUAGACAUAAGGCAGCACCUCCUCCCGCUACAUCAUCCAGACCUAACGCAGCACCUCCGCCCGCUACUAGAGCACCUCUUCCUCCUCCCCCUCCGUUUAUCGGUCGCCCCGCGGUAGCUCCUGCGGCACCGACUCUUCGUCCGCGCACCCGGGCCCACGACCUCCCACGCCCCUCUUCUUCCAAGUACAAGGCCAGGCCCCUGCCGCCCAUCCAAUGCGACCGCCCGCUGCCUCCCCUUCCGCCGCGCGCACGCCGUCUCUCCGCGAGCGGUGUGAUACUCCCGCCUCCAUACUCGCACUUCCACCCAGAGCUGCUGGUACAGGAACGGCCCGCUAGGCCCCGCCACCACGCUCCCAGCCGUCGCGGCCCUCGGCCUCGGUCGAACUCGUUCGGCGGGUAUCGCUUCCCAGCGCAGCCGGGGCACAGCAGCCGGCGACACCACUAG